GUGUGUAUUGUGCCGUUGGAGAUGCCCAAAAAAAUAUGUAGUUGUUCUCCAGGAUCGUUGAGUGUCAACACAGGAAAAGUUGUUGCUGUGGUUACAAUGAAUGGACGAUAUGAUCUCAGUAUGCCUGAGAUGAAAUGCGAGGCAUGCAAAACCACAUGGAGCCCUGGAGUGGAUGACUUAGUCCGUAAUGACUACUGGCCUGCUACCCUUCACUUUUCCACAGUGUACUCUACAGAUGUGUUUUAUUCAUAUGAAGAGUUGAAGAUGGCAGCACCAGGACUGUCAUGCCAAGCAUUUUUAAGAAUGCUUGAUCAACGAACUCUCCGCUUUGGCCGUAUUGGGAAGAUCACAGCAGACAGCUUCAGAAAAAGUUUUUUGGAGUGGGAGGCUGUUAGAUUUGAGGUGGAUAAGAUCUGCAGGGAGGAGCAUUUUGUCUGCCCUGCAUGCACCCCAGACAUGCUUGCUGUUUCUGUGGAUGGAAAUCGCAAGCACUACCGCUUUAAGAAUGCAGCAAGAUCUGAAGAAAAAGCCUUAUUUGAUGGCAUCUUCAUUGCAAAAGAUGAUGAAGUAGAGAGAUUUGUGGAUUACAUUCAUUCUACCACCAACCAUGUCUCUGGAAGAGGUGUCUGUGGAGGGGAGUGGUCAGCUGCAAGGGAAACGUCUCAGAAAUCCUCAAGUAAAAUUGAUGAGGAGGGACUUGAGCUUGCAGUCUGUCGACAUGGAGUUUUUCUCACCGCUCUCAACAUGUUCAGGGGAGAAAUAUAUGCUUAUCCCCUCUACCUGCAGAACAAGCUGGCAAAUACGCCAAUAAGCUUUUUUGCCAUGGAUGUAACCUGCAAGUACUGGCCUUACCUCAACAAAGUCACAAAAAGCUGCCCGGAGCUCCAGCACCUUCUGAGCAUGAAAGCCCAUGAUUUUAAAUGCGAGGUAAGAAAACAUUACAAUGUCAUUGACUGUCCCUAA